CCAUCUCUCCAAGUGAAUGAUGCUUUACAAUGCAGACCUUUGAAACCAUCUCGGGGAAGAUGAAGCUUCCAGUAGCAGCAGUCUGGUUUGGAACCCGCUUGUUUUAAGAAUACCUGGGAAUUUCUACCCAUAUUUGCCUGUUCCAGAGUAAAGCAGAGGACAAUGAGUUAUUUUUAUUUUUUGCAUAUUUUCACGCUACGUAACAAUUUUUUUUCCUUCUCAUUUUGUUCAAUGGGAAAAACUUGAGGCAGUUGUGUAUCUCAUUCUUACUUUGCCACAUUCCUCUUACUGAUCCAAAUUCUUGGAAAACACAUCGACAGUACAUCUAUUUCUGUGUUUUUUUUGGUUUUGGUUAGUUUGUUGUGUUUUGUGUUUUUUUUGUUUUUUUUUAAUGUGACAUUUGUCACUUUUUGAGUGCUUUUACCUAUUCUGGUUUGAACCUGUCUUUUUGCAUUGCUGAGUAGUCGUAGAAUCACUCAAGGAGCUAAAUAAUUUCCAAUUUACAGAAGAUGACUCAUAUGCUUCAGAAACACUUUUAUGGGUGUGCUUGGCUCAUUAAUACAGGAGUUUAACAGUAGUAAUAUGAGGUAUUGCAUUAAUUGUUGCAUACAUUUAUUACCAAAUGACUUGCACAGACAAUGUUUCAGAUGUCGUGGACCUAAUCAUAAUAACCAGAAGUGUCCUGUUUGCAAAGGAGAAAAUAACAUCCCUUUGUACGCCGAUAGCAAGCAGAUGAAGUUGCUUGCAGUUUUGGAAGUAAGGACUGAUCACAGGGAAAGCUGGAAUGGAUUUUUCUGCUUGAGGAAGGGGAAGCUAUGCAGCUUAAUAUUUGGGUUGAUUAUAAUGACUCUAGUGAUGGCAUCCUACAUACUGACUGGAGCCAAACAUGGCCUGUUGUUAAUACCAUCUCCCUUCCAUUAUGGAGCUUUUACUAGCAAUCCAAGCUUAAUGGACAAUGAAAGCCUUAGUGACAUGAAAGACCAUUACCAGCCUUCUAAAAUGAAUAUUUCAUACGUAAAGGAUUAUCCAAGCAUUAAAUUAAUUAUUGACACUAUUACUUCAAAGAUAGAGUUUAUGACGAGACAGCGCCCCGAUUUAGAAGAGCUGAGGAAACAAGAGCCACAUAUGUUUUCAGUAAUUCCUAAUAAAUUCCUUCCAAAUAGCAAGAACCCUUGUUGGUAUGAAGAGUACAGAGGAAACACAACCACAGAUCCUUAUGCAACAAACUCCUAUGCACUGUAUUCAAAGCGCUUUCGAACCAUAUUUGAUUACCUCAGGAAGGUAUUUUGGAACCACUUGUACCAUUACAAGGACAAACACUACCGCCUACGCUGUCUCCCCCAUUUCUACAUCAUUGGCCAGCCCAAGUGUGGGACAACGGACCUGUACGACCGGCUCAGGCUGCACCCCGACGUUCGGUUCUCAGCAAUCAAGGAGCCACACUGGUGGACAAGAAAACGGUUUGGAAUCAUUCGUCUGAGGGAUGGAUUUCAUGACCGCUACCCAGUGGAAGAUUACCUUGAUCUGUUUGAUUUAGCAGCACAUCAGAUUCAGGGUGUGCUGCAGAGCGAAGCGGCGAAAGAGCACGGCAAGAUGAACAACAUCAUAAUUGGGGAGGCCAGUGCCUCGACUAUGUGGGACAACAAUGCUUGGAUUUUCUUUUAUGACAACAGCAGUGAAGGAGAACCUCCCUUCCUAAUCCAGGAUUUUAUCCAUGCCUUCCAACCGAAUGCCAAACUCAUCAUCAUGCUGAGAGACCCUGUUGAAAGAUUGUACUCCGAUUAUCUGUACUUUGCAAGUGCUAAUAAAUCCGCGGAAGAUUUUCAUGAAAAAGUGGCAGAAUCACUGCAGCUGUUUGAAAAUUGCAUGCUGGAUUACUCAUUGAGAGCCUGUGUCUACAACAACACCCUGAACAAUGCCAUGCCCGUAAGGUUACAAGUUGGGCUCUAUGUUGUGUAUCUUUUGGACUGGCUGACAGUUUUUGACAAAGAUCAGAUACUCGUUCUUCGCUUGGAGGAUCAUGCAUCAAAUGUGAAAUACACCAUGCACAUGGUGUUCCAGUUUCUGGAUCUGGGACCUCUGAGUGAGAAACAAGAAGCUCUGAUUACAAAGAGUCCUGCAUCAAACACUAGACGCCCUGAAGACAGAAGUCUGGGACCUAUGUUACCAACAACAAAGGCAAUUUUAAGAGAUUUCUAUAGGCCUUUUAAUACAAAACUGGCACAAGUUCUUUUUGAUGAUGCUUUUUUAUGGAAGAGGACAUAAUAUGUAAAUUUAGUGCCACAAAUACAGUGCUUAAAGGAGUUUUUAUUUUUUUAAAUUCUAUUUUUGUGCGUGGAUAUUUACAUUUUUCCCAUUCCAAAGAGAAGCCGAUUGAUGAGCUGAGACUCUCACCUUCAGUCAGCACACUUCACAACAGUUAUACCACAUUUUCCUUGUGAGAAUGUAAAGCAUCUUGCUUAUCAGUUUAUCGCAACUUCUUUUACCCCAGCAAAAGAGUAGAGUGGAAAAGCAUUAGUACAAAGAUGAUGUCUUACACUCUCCGUGGGGAUGUUGAAGUUUAACCUUCUCUAAGAUGCUGCAACACAGAAUUAGCAUCAGUUUCCUACAAUUACACUUAUAAUCUCAUUUUCAAUAUAUGUUAUUCAUUCAUUUUUUCAAACUAUCAAUGUCAUUUAGUCAUUAAAAUUUUUAAUUGAAUUCAAUGUACAAUUUUGUUUCUCUUUGUCAGCAUACUCAUGAAUGGUCUUCACUCACACUAAGGUUUUUAAGUUUCCUUAAUUCUGAAACAAAGAUAAAGGAUAAUUGCACUUACAUAAAUUUCCAAGUCUCAUUUAUAUAUUCAGAUAAAUGGACUUUCCUAGCCACAGUUCUUGUAAAAGAAAAUUUUAUAUUCCAGGUAAGAAUGGAUGACUGAAAUCUAAACAACGGGCCACAUUUAGUAUUGUCUUACAUAUUUUUAUCCAUUGUCUUACAUAUUUUUAUCAUGUAAAUAUGAAUACAUAUCAUUUAUUCAUAUCUCUCACAUAUUUUCCCAGGAAACCACUAAUGGGCUUGAUGUCAAGUCCAUUGCUGGCCAUGGAGAGCUUUUAUGAACUUUUCUGUUAUGUUCUACACUAUUACUCUUCUCCAUUGCAAAGAAUACACAUUUCAAAAUAAAUAUAAAAUCUUGUUAUUAAAUGCAUAAAUGGACAAGGAUGCAUCUUGCACCCUCAUAGAAAGGAUGUGUUACCUAAUGAAUUAGUUGCACGCUAUGUGUUUCCCUCUUCAGGAAAGAUGUCUACAUCUAGUUAAAAAGGUUGAGAUAUGCAGACUUGAGAAAAAAAAACAAAAACAAACCAGUUUGAAAGUUAUGGGAAAAUUUUGAACCAACCCCAAGUUUUUUAUUUGACUAGAAUGGCCGGAUUUCUAUAUACAUGUGCAGUAAUUCCAUAUCUGGUUUCAAAUACUCCUGGUUAGGGUCACUGUCAGCUACAGUCUGCAGUCUUCCUGCAGGCAGAACUGGUUUUAAGAGACAAAUGAAAACGCUUCUUGCUGAUAAUUACCUUUGAAGGGCUAAAAUGAUUGUUUUUUUUUUUUCCUGAAUGCAUGUUGAGUAGGUCAGAUGAAGGUGGCGUCUAGGUAGCAGGAAUCAAAAGCCCAAAGCAUCAUCUCUAAUUGGCUUCACAUGCCCUUUCGACCCUUAUGGUCAACCCACAAUGCAGCUUACUGAUGGACUGACAAAUACAUUUACAAAUACCAAGGGUAACUAUUCACCAUCCUCCUCCAUGGGGACAUGUUAUUCACCUCCUGUGUUUCUAAAUUGAGAAUUAACGCUGAAAACUUCAUGAAUCCUGAACAUUUCACACGUGAACAUGAUGGAUGACAUGUGAGAUUUUUUUUUUUUGUAACAAAAAUCCAUUUCUAGGUUCGUUGCCAACUGGUAAUGCACUAUUUAAAAAGGAUUCAGUCUGGUGUUGGAAAGCCUAAAAUAAGUAAUUUAAGGAAGCAGUUCUAGACAACCAGAAUGUAUUAGUUCUAGUUCAGAAAUGCUUACAGACCAAAAAUGGUUAGAGAACUGAGAAUGGGCUAUUUUAGCAGUACAAAAACAGUAUCACGGCAGCAUAAAUCAGAAAAUCAGAAUGAAUUCACCACUGUUUCCAAAUGUAAAUUUUUCAGUCAACAAUUUAUUUCAUUAAAGAUUUCUGCCAGCUGUGCUCUGAAUUAGAGUCAACACUGUAACUCUAUACAGAAUGUUUGCUAACCUGAUUUGCCAUGGUCAAAUAUUUCCAUUUAGUUGUCAGCUACCACCAUGAUCUUCCCAGUCCUAAAAGCUAAUGAAUUAUCUUUUAGCAUGAGCAUUAAUUCCAUGAAUAAAUCACACACACUGGUUUGUGCCACACUGAUGUAUGGUGCUAAACUCUAAUUUCUGCCUGCAGACUCAUGCAGUCCACCAGUGGUCGGGGAGAUUAUCUCUACCCUUUGACUAUGUAUAUAAUCAAAACCAAAACAUGCUUGAUGGCCAGAAUUUCUGCUUUAGGCCCAGCACCUUGCUAGAUCGAGGUCUUACCUAGUUCUGACUCAGAGGAAGGAGAGAUUGAAGAUUCCAUGUACUAUGGCAGACAGUCCAGACCAUGGGAUUCAACAGAGAGUAGGUGGUCUAGAGAAGGGACUAUAGCUAUAGAUGAUCUGUUAGGAGCCUGUGGUCCUUCUGAAAGUGAAGUUUCCAAUAAGGCUGCUUUUGUGUCUUAAUCUCUUUCAUGAGCUCCCAAAUAUCUCUUGAUUCAAUACAUUGCAACCUUAUGCUGUUGGGUUGUGGCAUGACUAAACAUCAAAAAGUAGCAAAUUAACUGUCAAGAGGGCAUCUUCGAGAUAAGGACGUUGAUCGCUAGUCCAGACUGUAAAAAUAGUAUUGAUCUAGUGAUUCAGAAUAAAAUAAAAUAGCACUUGAUUUUCUUGAGUGAUGUGACGGUGCUGGGUGUCAGAACCCUCUUCAGGCCCAGAGCAGACAGCGUACCACUGCCAUUCAGUGGCUUUGCUCCACCUCGCAGCAAAUCUCUACAUAGGGUAAGCUCAACCUCAAGUUCUUCCAGUUCCCUUUACCUUUCUGUUGACAAUUCUAGCUGUGAAAGUAUUCAAUAUUAUUGUUAUUAUUCACUGGAGCACUGAGCUGAGCUACAUCCCCAGAACAGUAAUUUGCUAAGAAAUUGGACUUACUAUCAAGACAAUAUAUUUUUGCCAAAGUGUAGCAGUGGCUCUUUGCAAAGAGCUCAGAAAAUGUGUGUCUUGUACUGUGUUUCCACUCUUAUCUCUGCUGAACAAAAGUAAUCAGGCAAACAUGCAGCUUUCCUGAGUGUAAAGGCACUGAGGAAAGGGUUGGUUCCAAAUGUUCUCGCUGCUACUGCAGAAGGAUGUGAAAUGUGUUUUCUGUAAGACCUUGCGUGUUUGGGCCAAGCAUCUCAGCUGUCUGGAAGAAGCACAGUAAAAACAAAGGAUCUCCUGCUAAGAAAAACAGGCACUGGUUUACAUGGAAAAUAGGAUGUUGUUAUCUGUUGAGUCCAGUGCACAGACUUGUAUGCUUCAGCUUAAUAAACUGAAGAUAAACAGUGAA